GUCCAACGUGGAGUCGAGCCCCCAUUCGAAUGACGGGCAGGAUUCAAGCAAUAAUUACGGCGACAUUUCCAGCGAGAGUUCCAGUUCAUCUUUGCUACUCGAGACGUGCACAAGCAACCAUGGAUAACCGACCAAUUGGAACCAACUACACGGACAAGGGUCCCAAACCUGAAAAGGGGCGUUUCUUGAAAUUUGAUCACAUCGAAUGGUGGGUAGGCAAUGCCAAAAUGGUGGCUUCCCAUUACUGUGCCCGCUUGGGCUUCGAGCCCAUGGCCUACAAGGGAUUGGAGACAGGAGAGCGACAAGUGGCCUCCCACGCGGUGAAGCAAGGGGAAACUAUCUUUGUAUUCAAGUCGGCAUAUGAGCCCAAUGGUGAGAUCACCAAGAUCAUGGGAGACCAUCUCACCCUUCAUGGCGAUGGUGUCAAGGAUGUGUCAUUUGCCGUGGAAGAUCUGGAGGCCAUCGUUGAAAGGGCCAAAAAGAAGGGGGUCAAGAUCGUGAAGGACAUUUGGGAGGAAGAAGACAAAGAUGGCAAGGUCAGGUUCGCCCGAGUUCAGACUUAUGGCGAUACCACUCACACCUUCGUGGAUCGUUCCAACUAUAAAGGAAUCUUCUUACCUGGAUUUGGAGCUCCCAAAAUCAAGGAUUGUCUGAGUCCCACCCUCCCAGAGGUGGGGGUACUCUUCAUCGAUCAUAUUGUGGGCAACCAGCCGGACUUGUCAAUGGAGGACGCGGCCAAAUGGUACGAACAGAAUUUGAUGUUCCAUCGUUUCUGGUCCGUGGAUGACAAGCAAAUCACCACCGAAUACUCGUCUCUAAGAUCAAUUGUUGUGGCCAAUUGGGAGGAGAACAUCAAGAUGCCUCUUAACGAGCCUGCUGAUGGGAAAAAGAAGUCUCAGAUCCAAGAGUACAUUGACUAUUAUGGAUCGGCUGGAGUUCAGCAUAUCGCUCUUAGAUCCAAUGACAUCAUCAAAUCAAUUGAGAAUUUGAGAGCUCGUGGAACCGAAUUCCUGGAUAUUCCCAAUUCCUAUUAUGAACAACUCAGAACAAGACUUCAGCAUUCCAAGGUCAAAGUCAAGGAGGACAUUUCGACUCUCCAAAAGCUCAAGAUCCUCAUUGAUUACGACGAUGACGGUUACCUCUUACAAAUAUUUACCAAACCUCUCCAAGAUCGUCCCACCGUUUUCAUUGAAAUCAUUCAGAGAAACAACCACCAAGGAUUUGGAGCCGGCAACUUCAAGGCCCUCUUCGAAUGCAUCGAGUUGGAACAGCAAGAACGUGGCAAUCUUUAGACAUUCGUAUUCCUAUUCGCUUUGGCACUCAGUUAGAUUUAAGGUCUUCGUAUAAAUAUAUUUCGACUGUUAUGCACUGUUAA